UUGCGCGAGGAGGCAGAGACUCCGCCCAGAGCCAUCCCUUCAGCGGAGCGAGGCUCGCCUGUCCGGAUGUCAGAGCUAGACCCAUAGAGCUCGCUAGUCCUCCACGCCUAGAAAAUCCCCGGAAACGCCGUGCGGGGGACUGGUUAUAAGGGACGGCUGAGGCCAGGCUCACCAGACUGCCGUUGCCAGGACAGCGCUACUUUCGAGAUGGCUGCUGAGGAAUCCCAACCCUUGUUGAGCUCCAGGAAGCCAAGUGAGCAAUGGCUGCUGCCUGCUGAGAGCGUCCCUGUGCUGGAUGCCUACCUGAGCAAAGUCCAGAACAGAAAGCUAUAUCUGGCCACCUUUGCUGCUGUUUUGGGACCCCUCAGCUUUGGAUUUGUCCUAGGUUACAGUUCACCAGCUAUUCCUGAUCUGAAGAAAAUUAGUGACUCUAAAUUAAGAUUAGACACCCACGAAGCAUCAUGGUUUGGGUCUGUAGUAACAUUAGGAGCUGCUGCUGGAGGAAUACUGGGAGGCUGUAUGGUGGAUAAAGUUGGGAGGAAGCUGAGUUUGAUGCUGUGCUCAAUACCAUAUGUCUCUGGGUUUACAAUUAUCAUAUCCGCCCAGAAUGUCUGGAUGCUUUACAUUGGACGAAUAUUGACUGGGUUAGCCAGUGGCAUUACUUCACUUGUUGUUCCAGUGUAUAUUUCUGAAAUAUCCCACUCAAAAAUUCGAGGAACACUUGGCUCAUGUGUUCAGUUGAUGGUGGUGACUGGUAUACUGGGAGCUUAUGCUGCAGGAAUGGCACUCAGAUGGCGCUGGCUGGCUGUGCUAUGUUCUUUCCCACCUUGCAUAAUGCUCGUGUUCAUGUCCUUCAUGCCUGAAACACCUAGGUUCCUGCUGAAACAGAAAAAACGCACUGAAGCUAUGGCUGCUUUACAGUUUCUGCGGGGAUCAGAGGUGGACCAUGAAUGGGAAUGCAGGCAGAUUGAAACUCAUGCUGAGGAGCAGCACAGACUAAGUGUUGCUGAAUUUAAGAAUCCAUCUAUCUACAAGCCAUUUCUUAUUGGUGUGGCACUGAUGUUCUUCCAGCAAGUAACAGGGAUUAAUGCAAUUAUGUUUUAUGCAGAAACUAUCUUUGAAGAAGCUAAUUUUAAGGACAGCAGAAUGGCCUCUGUUGUUGUGGGUUCCAUACAAGUGUUUUUCACAGCUGUGGCUGCACUUAUUAUAGAUAAAACUGGGCGAAAAGUACUGCUUUCUCUUUCAGGGGUCAUUAUGGCUAUCAGCACUGCAGCAUUUGGGCUGUACUGUAAAGUGAUCCUUCCAAACCCUCAGAAUUCAUCACAACCUGACAUACUGACUACACUGAAUUCAGCAUCUAUUGAAGCAGAAAACAAUCUAGCAUGGUUGGCUGUAGUGAGCUUGGGGCUGUUCAUCACUGGUUUUGCCCUUGGCUGGGGUCCCAUUCCGUGGCUGGUGAUGUCUGAAAUAUUCCCACUUAAAGCUAGAGGGAUAUCCAGCGGUGCCUGUGUCUUAACAAACUGGUUUAUGGCUUUUUUAAUAACCAAGGAAUUUCAUGAUCUUACAGGCUUCCUGACGUCCUAUGGCACUUUCUGGCUUUUCUCUGUCUUCUGUAUUCUAAAUGUAACUUUUACUGUCCUGUAUGUGCCUGAAACAAAAGGAAGGACAUUGGAACAAAUAGAGGCUCACUUCCGAAGAUCACCUGCACCCUGAAGUUCUUUACCCUGUAGGAAAGUUUCCUAUUAGGUUACUGUUAGUGUUAUUGCCUAAACUUUUCCAAGAAACAUCCUCUGGGUUAAUAGGCUGCACGUGAAUUCAUGAUAUGGUUAAACAUGGUUUAACUUUGGCAAAAAUCUGAAUUGCACUGUGGAGAACCAAAACAUUGUUCUCAUAUGCAUGUAUGCAUUCAGCUUCUUUCAGGUUUACAAAGCAGCAGGUUGUGCUAAUUCACUGUGAUACAUGAGUUCUCUCCUUUUCCCAGGCCUUGGAGCUUCAUUUGGGCUGUCACUGUUUUUCUCUUUCCAAUAUUCCCUUUACCUACUGUAGAUUAGUUAUGAAGGCUGAAUAACUGCUUUUAAUGGAUUAGCUGAUAUGCUGUUUGUUGUCUCUCAUUGCCUGACCCGCAUUAACUUCAUACCAUAUUUUGAUUCUUCCACUGUCUUCAUCUAUGCUUGUAUGGGUUGUGGCCUGACUACUGAACAAAGUCCAGGCCAUUGGUGAGUACAACAGUCCUGUAACUAAUGCACUAGCCAUCAGCCUUCUUCAGAUGUUGUGUGCUUGAUUAAUUGCUGAACAUCCUCUAAGAGCCCUAAUGUCAGGAGGGGGUUUGAGCACCUCAGGGAAACAUAUCAUGAUAUGUAGUUGUAAUCUUGUGGGAAAAGCAGGCUAAAAUAGAGCAUUUUCAAAUAAAUAUCUUCAGAGGUGCUAACACUUGACCAGACAAUGGAAGGUGUGUUGCUUCUGCUCAGUUUGCCAAACUGCUGAAAAAGCUUUUGGGCCUUGGGGGGGAAAAAAUACUACUUACACAUCAGAAACCCUAAUCAACUGUUCAAUUAUGAGACUGUUGCUGUAUUUACUUCCCUUGUGUGGGAGACUUCCAUCUCAGUACAGUUGGCCAUUAUGACUAGAACCCUAUAAUCAAGACUAGCCUCACCUUGCAUUGACACUACUUAAACCUGUGCUACUCGAACUAUACACAUUUUAUGUAGUACUUUCUUAACAGCUGCUGUUUAUACACUGUUCUGCUUCCAUAACAUUUGCUAUUAUUGAUUAAGUAGCUUACUGAACACUUUUUACAAGAAUGUAACUAUCUUACAGAAAUUUGUCAAUGUAAAACAACUGCAGUUAACAGUGGUGGUCAUCUAAUGGAAAUAUCUCCUAUUUCACUACUUUUCAAAAGAAGGACAUAAGGGUCUCCUGGCAUUCUGGGAAAGCACAAAGAAAAUAUUUCAUUGUAGUGUCUAGAUUACACACUUAGAUUGUAAGAAACAAACAGUUUAUCAAGACUCUCCAUUGGAGUUAGUUAGUUAUGCAAACAAACAGUCUUUUAUAAAAGCCUGAGCUAAAGAGCCAGAUAGCAAUGACACUGAAGAGGCCUCUCUCAUUGGUGGGACAGAAUAGCUAGAUAGAGGGACAGAGAAGUAGCGCUAGUGACUUUUGCACCAGCGGUGGAAUGGCUGAUAUGGAUGGAUGACUGUGGUAUAAAGCAUUAGGUUCUGCCUGUAUCUUAGUCACACCAUGGAGAGCAGGGGCAGAGGGGACGUAAUGGCAUAGAAAUAAUUAAGUAUCUUUCUUUGCUUGAAUGAGGUUAUCAAGCACAAGGCUACUGUGUCAGAACUAUAGUGCCAGAGCUUCCCACUUAACUGCUGCACAGAAAUGCCUUCAAAGAUCAGGUGCAUUGUACCUGUCAGCCUCCACAUCAAACAGACUCAUUUAAUUUGACCCCUUCCCUUUAAACAUACAGGCCCUGUCUGAGCACAAAUCUAGUUUGCCUUCUGAAACCAUCAAAGCACUGAAGGCACAGAAUGGUCAUAUACUUAAGUUGCAAACAAAUGUUGCAUACGCAGGCCCUUACUAUGCAUGGGCAGAGAGAAAUUUAAGACUGGGGGGGGGGGAGAUAACUGUGGCUGAAUAUUGAGUAAGGGACAGGCUCUAUUGCUGAUCCAGGCAAAUAAACUGGCCACAACUAUUUAACUAGAAAUAAAAGUACAUGUUUCCCUUUGCUAUGACAAUACAAAUAAUCCUAUAACAGUCUCACCAGCAUGUCAAGUCUAGCUAACAAAAGCCAAAACUAGUGGUACUAGCUACACAUUUCACCUUUACAGGCCUUUUUGCAGUGCUUCACUCAAAAGUUACUAUUUCUAUUACAUUAGCUAUUUAGGGCACCAUUGGCACUGUACAAACUGAGGUAGGCAUAGUCCCUUCCCCACAGUUCAGGAUUCCACCUCAAGGAAGCACUCAGGUUGUUACAUAGUGUUAAACACACAUUGCAGCAUUAUUCUCCAGUCAGUCUGACUAAUAUAUAAAAUGUAUGCAUCAAUUUUCUGUUUCAAGCACUUUAAAUAAAUCCUUCUUAAACACACAGUCUUCGGAGACCUUCCAACCCAGCCUGCAUUUAAGAGCUCAAAUGCGUCUCAAUGGGCAAUGUUCCUUUACCCACACCUGGAAAACCGUGGGCAAACAGGCACAUUUUCAGUGAAUAACUUAAUUAAAAGGUAAAGGGCCCAGGUCUCCUUUCAUUAACAUCAGUGUAACUACUGACUUCAAGGGCAUUAGACUGGUGCAAAUCAGGAGUAACUGACAGGAGGGUCAGGCUGUAGGCUUGCUAAAUCAUUCCUGAAAACGAGAAAAUGCUGGCUGAGUAAGAGCUGUACAGAUGUAGCAGGAUGCCAUGAAUGUUCAGUGUGUGAUUAAAGUAAAAAAUCAGUGAGUUAGAGACUUGACAGGGAAGUAAGACUGGAUUGGAAAUUCUUUAGCAGUACAGCCAAUUGCUGGAUGGGCCAGAAAGUUGGUUUCUGCUAGCAAUAAAAGGGGAAAACAUCCAUAUCACAAAGGGAUCAAAUCUGUCAGCAAACCCUACAACUGCAGCUUUCCAUAAAGAACUGUACAUUAGCAGAGUCAGUAAAAUGUGCAAAACCAAGCAAAUGUACCAAAUAUAGUAUUUGUGGCCACAAGCUAGAAAUGAAAACAGAAGCAUGUGACAAACAGAAAGGAGCAACUCUGUAAACAAUGUGACAGGAGCAAUUGAAACAGAACUUGACUGUAGUGCAAAGUAUGAAGGCGUGUACGAAGACUAUCUGAAAUAACAAGACUUAGACACACACACGAGUCUGGGAAUGAGGGGUGCCAAAGCAGAGACAUCUUCCUGUGCAGAACCCUGCCAGUGAAUAGGCGGGGGAGAACAAAGAAUAUUACUUUAGACACCCUUCAGUGCAGGAAGGGCUUCUGUUCAAACCCUGCUGAUACAUGUCUUCUCCUCUGAAGUGACUAAUAACAUCUCUUAAGGAAAAAAAAAUCCCAAAACACUUAAACAGGGACUCAAAGUUGCCCCUUAUCAGAAUAGCACUCCUUCCAGACUACAGAAGAAUGACCAACAUAAGUCAGAACUUGGAGAAACUACCACCUUUGAAAAAGAAAGAAAAGCACUGUCCAGGGAUUCAUUAGUAAAUACCAAAGAAACAAUAGGCUCAUGUCAAAUUUCAUAAAUAUUUAUUACAGUUCAAUGAACAAAAAAGUACCUGCUGCUCCUUCACAACAAUGGCCUGUUGCACUUAAAACAAACAGCUUUAGUUAUUAUAGUAAUGGUUCCCUUUCUUUACAGGCUACAUUCAAAACAUGGUACGUAUACAUUACUUGCAAUUUAAAACAGUGGCAAUACAACAGAUUUAAGACACUUGGUGGUAGUUAAUUUUUAGAUCACAAAGGUUCAGCAACAGUCUAAUAGUACAUAAUCAUUGAGGUACGUAACCCACUGCUAACAUUCAAGCACUUCAACAA